UCCCAACUUCUCGAGCGUCUGUCUCGCUGCUCAGACCUCAGGGACAAAAAGCAGCCCCCAGGCGCAAAAUGGAAAAGAAAGAGGAAGGGUGCUCUGGAGGAGAGGGCUAGCAUCUGUCAUUUCGCAAUGACUCACAGUCCAGGGCCAGCCCCUGCUUGUGGCACUUCUCUGGACCCCAGAAGAAAGCCAGCAGCUGUUUCUGCAGAGGUCGCACCACAAACAUGUAUUUUUUGCCUUCCCCCUGCUCUGCUGCCAUUUACGUCUCCCUCCUGCUUGGCUGCACCUGGAUCUGCUCAGCUGUCGAACUCUCCACAGCUAAGCACCCUGUGCAUGGCAAAGGGCGAGUUUUGAUCCCUCUCACUCCCCAAGAAGAAGCUGAGUGCCCCAGCGCCUCCGUGGAAGGUUUUCUCAACAGCACUGUGACCACCCGUGUCCUCCCUGCUCUCUACUCCGUGGUGUUGUUUGUGGGGCUGCCAGCCAAUGCUCUGGCCUGCUGGGUCCUGGUGACCAAGUUCAAGAGAUGUUCCACCACCUUCUUCCUGCUUAACGUGGCCAGUGCUGACCUGCUUUUUGCCCUCCUGCUGCCCUUCAAGAUCUUCUAUCACCUCUUGGGCAACCAGUGGCUCUUUGGGGACUACCUGUGCCGCACCAUGGUAGCCCUCUUCUACGGGAACAUGUACAGCUCCAUCCUCUUCCUCACCUGCAUUGGCCUGGAGCGCUGCAUCUCUGUGGUGCACCCAUUCCUGUGGAAGGGGUCCAGGUGGAUGUGGGGCAGGGUGGGUGUCUGUGUGGGGAUCUGGUUGGCAGUGGGGCUGGGCGUGAGCCCUCUGCUCUUCAUUCCCCAGACAAAACACAUCUCAAGGCUGAACAUCACUACAUGCCACGAUGUCCUAGAAAAGGAUGAUCAAAAGUUCCUCUUCUAUUAUUUCCUCUCCCUGGUAGGGCUGGGCUUUGGCCUGCCCUUUGUGCUCAUCACCAUCUCCUAUGGCUGCAUCCUAGUGCGGCUGGUGGCCAAGGGGAGUCAAUAUGGGCACAUGGUACACGUCCUGGCCCUGGUCCUCCUGGUCUUCAUCCUCUGCUUCACCCCCAGCAAUGUGCUGCUCUUCAACCACUAUGUGCUGGAUGCUACUGGAUGCCACAACAUCACCUACAUCUGGUAUGCCUUAGCACUGGUGCUCAGCGCCUUCAACACCUGCUUUGAUCCCUUCAUCUACUUCUACGUCUCCAGAGAUUUUCGGGCCUGCAUCUGGGAUGGAGGCACCUGCUGCCCCAGGCAGCUCAAGAGCUCGACAGGGAGAGCCUCUGAGAAGGUGGCCUUGCCCCUGAGGUCCAGCGAGCAGAGCCAGCCAUAGGCAUAGGCAGGGGGGUGCUGGGCUGUGUCCCCCGCCCCGGGGUGGGGGGAACCUGUGGCUCAGUGCCCAGCACCCAGUCAUGCCUCUCUAUGGCUCCGUGCCGUAUCAGCACCGCGGGCACUGCCUCUGCCCCAACCCACCCGUGUAUGCCUCGGCUCCACAAAAUGCAGCGGCCAAAGCACAAAUGGACGUGCUGUCGUUCAGACUUUGCCAUGAGACCAGUGCUGUUCCCAGCUGCCAUCCAGGCCCUGGAGCAGCCCUUUCCCUGAGUGCACGUCCAAGGCUGGCAGCAGACUCAGGUAAAAAAUCCCUCCUGGAUUGGAAAUUUGCUGUGACUUUGCCAAAGAGCAUUGGAGCUCCACAGGAAGGUGUAGAAUGACCCAUGCUGGACCCUGCUGACAGGAAAUCCUGGUGUUUUUAAUCUCGUCGGCCUCUCCCUCUGCACAGGCUCUUUCCCAGCCCCUUGCCUUGCCCCCAUCCCACUGUGCCAGGUGCUGGGAGCAGCCAGGCACCCUUGGUGGUGGAAUGGUCCCAACUAGGACAGAUCCACUUCUC